UCUAAAUCCAAAAUAUGUCAAACAAUUUGAUGAAGAAAAAGCUUCAAGGCAAAGUAGCCAUUGUAACCGGCGGCGCCAGCGGCAUCGGUGAGACCACCGCCCGCGUCCUGGCCGAUCACGGGGCGCGUGCGGUGGUGAUCGCCGAUAUCCAACCCGAAAAGGGCCGCGCUGUGGCCGAAUCCAUCGGCCUGCAGCGCUGCAGCUACGUCCAGUGCGACGUGGCCGACGAGGAACAAGUUGCGGCCAUGGUCGAAUGGACGGCGACAGCCUACGGCGGCCUCGACAUAAUGUUCAGCAACGCGGGCACCGUCAGCAGCUCCCCUCAGACCAUCCUGGAUUUGGAUUUUUCGGAAUACGAGCGCGUGAUGCGCGUGAACGCGCGUGGGAUGGCGGUGUGCGUGAAGCAGGCGGCGCGUAAGAUGGUGGAAUUGGGGACCAGAGGGUCCAUCGUCUGCACGGCGAGCACGGCGGCCGAGAAGGCGAUGGUGUACUUGACGGACUAUGUGAUGUCGAAGCGGGCGGUGCUGGGGCUGAUGCGGUCGGCAAGCUUGCAGCUCGGGAAGCACGGGAUUCGGGUGAACACCGUGUCGCCCGGUGGGGUGCACACGCCGCUUGCAGCAAAGCAGGGGAUGGAGACGCCCGCGGAUAUGGAGAAGUAUAUUGGGCCCUACACGAGCUUGAAAGGGGCGCCGCUUAUGGGGGAAAAUGUGGCGGACGCGGUGGCGUUUCUGGCUUCGGAUGAGGCGGCGUUUGUCACCGGAGUUGAUUUGGUGGUGGAUGGUGGGAUGAUUGCUAUGCCAUUCGACCUAUCUAACUAAUUAAUAUCGCUUGACUACAAUUCAAAUAAAAAUGAAUCCAAAAUUCUAAUAUACUUAUGUAUUACAUGAGAGAGAGAAAAGUAGAAAAGUAAAAAAUGAAUAAAGUAUGUGGAGAACAAAGUAAGAGUGGGGAACUUUUGCUAAAAAGAGAAAUGACUCACUUAUAGUGGGAUAUCCUAAAAGGUAAUAUGACUCGCUUAUCUUAGCACGGAGAGAGUAUUAAUUACUGCAUAUUGUUUCUCUAUAAAUAGUUGUAAUCCUUUGUGGCAUGGGAUUAAGCAAGAAUAGUAAAAACACAUUUCCCUUUCCUCUAAUUUAUCAAGCCUUCUUAAAUUUCCAUAAGUUUAGUUAUUUUAUUGGAGAUAGAAUCCACUCGAAGGAUUCAA